AUAAAAAAAAAAGGAACUGGAGAAAAGCUAAUUGCAGAGUGGGAACGGAAACUGAAAGAUCUGGGAGAUCAGUUCAAUUUGAUUUUGAUCUAUUGUGAAAUCCCGCAGAGGUGAAGCUUCCAGCGAUGGAUUCUUCUUCAAAUUUGAAUCCCCUUCGCGAGGAUAUCUCCGACGAAGAACCAGCUCCGGCGUCCGUCUUCGCCACUCGUCCUCUCCGUCCUCCUUCUACGAGUUCUUCGGAGAAAUAUUCGCCUGUAGAAUGGACAAGCUACUUUGACAAAGAAGACGACGUGUCAAUCCCUGGAUCCAACGAUGUAUUUCACGUAUAUAUGGCAGGAACAGAAGGACCUCUUGUCUUUUGUCUCCAUGGAGGUGGCUUCUCUGGGCUCUCGUUUUCUAUAGUGGCAAGUAAGAUCAAGGAGAAAGCACGUGUGGUUGCGAUGGACUUGAGAGGACACGGUAAAUCUGUUUCAGAAGAUGAACUGGACUUAUCGCUCGAGACAAUGAGCAGUGAUGUUGUGGCUGUGAUUAAGGAAUUGUGUGGAGAUUCUCCUCCAGCUAUUGUGCUAGUUGGUCACAGCAUGGGAGGUUCGGUCGCUGUUCAAGUUGCUGCAAACAAAACAUUGCCUAGCUUGGCUGGGCUUGUCGUUGUGGAUGUUGUUGAGGGUACUGCUGUUGCCUCUUUGAUUCACAUGCAGAAGAUUCUUUCAAACAGAAUGCAACAUUUUCCCAGCAUCCAAAAAGCAAUUGAGUACAGCGUUAGAGGAGGGUCAUUAAGGAACAUUGAUUCCGCUCGCGUCUCCAUCCCCACAACUCUCAAAUACGAUGAUUCAAAACACUGCUAUACUUACCGUACACGUCUAGAGCAAACAGAGCAAUACUGGAAAGGCUGGUACGAAGGUCUCUCAGAGAAGUUCUUGUCAUCUCCUGUUCCAAAACUCUUGCUAUUAGCUGGAACUGAUAGAUUGGACCGGACCCUCACAAUUGGUCAAAUGCAAGGAAAGUUUCAGAUGAUUGUGGUCAAACACACCGGACAUGCCAUACAGGAAGAUGUACCAGAGGAGUUUGCGAAUCUAGUUGUGAAUUUCAUAUCACGUAACAGAAUCGGACCUCAUGGUGUUGAGAUGCCAGGAACAUGGAAGCCUUCACAGCCCAAGACUUGAAUCAGAGACAUCGUAUGGUUUUCACUUGUUUUGCUUGUCGGCUUCUGAAUAAAAACAAUUAACAACUCUAGCUCGUGUUACAAGAAACUAGACGAAAACGAAAGUACAAAUAAUAAAGAGAAUCACUUGCAACACUUUUCCAUCA